CUGGACAGCGCCUGUGGGCCGCCUGAGCCCUGGCACUACCCCUGCCUCAGCUCCAGCCUGAAGAAGGCUUGGGGAUUGUGCUCCAUCAGACUUUGUGACUGGCCUCCCGUGGGUUUGGACAACACUUUCCUUUGCUUCUGUUAUUCCUGAGAGACACGAGCUUCAUUUUUGGUAGACAAACUGAGUCCAGAAGAUUGUCUCAGGAGGUAGGGUGGAACGUUGGCCACAGUCAGCACUGCUCCUCACAAGGAAUUCAUUUCAUCGUGGCUUCUACCCUGUGACUUAGCCCUCUGGAGGGAGCUGAUUUCUUGCUCAACAAAAAUGGCCUUUAUGAAGAUGAGGCUGGUUUAUGCUUUCAUUCUGAUGAUGGGCGUUCUUUGCUUGUACUUCAGCAUGGAGCCUUUCAAGGAACUGCCAUUUGUUCUCAAGAAAGGUCACGGGAAGUUCCUCCAGCUUCCAGAUAUAGACUGCAAGCAGAAGCCACCUUUCCUUGUGCUGCUGGUGACUUCGUCCCACAAGCAGCUGGCAGCUCGCAUGGCCAUCCGCAAGACAUGGGGUAGAGAAACAGAGGUGCGGGGACAGCGUGUGAAGACCCUCUUCCUCCUGGGGGCCUCAGACAGCACCGAUGAGAUGAAUGCCACAGCUCAGGAGGGCAAGCAGCACCGUGACAUCAUACAGAAGGAUUUCAAGGAUGUCUAUUUCAACUUGACCCUGAAGACGAUGAUGGGCAUGGAAUGGGUUCACCACUUUUGUCCUCAGGCAGCUUUUGUGAUGAAGACAGACUCAGACAUGUUUGUGAAUGUUGGCUAUCUGACUGAACUGCUGCUGAAGAAAAACAAAACCUCCAGGUUCUUCACAGGCUACAUAAAGUCAAAUGAUCUUCCCAUCAGGCAGAAGUUCAACAAGUGGUUUGUGAGUAAAUUUGAAUAUCCCUGGGAAAAAUACCCACCAUUUUGCUCUGGGACAGGUUAUGUCUUUUCUAGUGACGUGGCCAGCAAAGUAUACAAUGUCUCUGAUAGUGUUCCAUUCCUCAAGCUGGAGGAUGUGUUUGUCGGGCUCUGCCUGGCCAAGCUGAAGAUCCGGCCUGAGGAACUCCACACCAAACAGACCUUUUUCCCAGGUGGCUUACGCUUCUCUGUGUGCCGCUUUCAGAAAAUUGUGACCUGCCACUUCAUGACACCUCAGGACUUACUCACUUACUGGCAGGCGCUGGAGAACUCUCAGGAACAGGAAUGCUCUGCUGUCUGAGGGGAGCCUGUGGCACAAACUUCCAAUAACCUUUGGUGAUACUUAGGGAACAUCUGGGAUGGCCUUGAUGGGAACUGUCAGGGGUAGAGAGAGAAGGAGGAUGAAGGCAAGAGUACUGUUCUCAAUUCCCUGCAUACACUAGAGUGAAUGUUCAUAUACACAGGUCAAGACUUGUUCCCACUUAGCACCCAGAGCAAUAACAGAUCUCUACUUUCAGGCUUUUGCACUAUGCUCUCAAGGUUUGAGACAUGCCCUCAUCUGCUCAUUUCAGGGCUCAGUAUACAUAUGAAGCCGUGGAUGUGAUCAUUCCCAUUUUAUAGGUCAGGAGCCAGUAGCCAUGGCCACUUACGUAUCCAAAGACUCCCAGUCUGCAGACAGAACAGGAAUGAGAAUCAAGUGCUAUCAUAAUUCAGUUGGUGGCACCCAACUGAGUGUCUCAUUCUUUGGGAGAGGCCAGUGGUGAAAGAAGCUUAAUGUGGGAGUGUCUUAAAGCUAACUGGCAUCAUUCAGGACCUUUCAGGGUCCCCUGUCCCUCAUUUCCCCAUCCUGCUUUGGAAAUGCUGAGUCUGGAAUGAAUCAGCUUUCUCAGGACUUUCCCCUCACUUGAAUGAUGUAGCUAAGCACGGAGUAUGUUAGCCACUUGGUACCCAAUGCAUCUUCAACAUGAGACAUGCAUGUCUGCAGACACUAGCUCACUUCCAUGCUAGAAGGAAACUGGGUUAUAUGACCAUAUAAAACAGGCUGAGAAACCAUAGCUGAGUCUUUCUGUAUAGGCCAAAUACACUGCUGAAAUCCUAGCAAGGGUGACAUCUCCUCUGAGCCUUUUGGGACACUUUGUCUCUGUUGCGGAUGUCUUGAUGGAUUGAUGGUGGUGACCAGCUGCAGCACUAAAACCCUUCAGAUCUCAAACUCAAGGGCAGCCAGGCACAGGCAUGGCCUGUAUUCGUGUCCAGGAACUUUGCUGGAACCUGGACUGGUCCAAGCUCCUGGGAUGCAUAGCAUGGAUGUAGGCCCAGUCGAAGGGCUCUCCCUGCAUCUGUGAAUUUUCCCCACCCUUCACACUGGGUUUACCACAUGGUCAGAGAUCUGCUGAGUGUUUUGGUUUGGAAUUUAACCUUGAUGGUUUUCAAAACUGGGUAAAAACAGGGGCUCAUGGUCCUUCAGUCACUGUCACCAGACACGUAAUCUUGGUCUGUAUUGUGGGAAUUAUUGUUUCCCCCUGCUUUUUAUUUUACUAGAUUUUACUGUGUGCUUGGAGCUAAGGCUUCAUGUGACUGUGUGAUUUUAAACAUUGCAAUAUGCUCUCAUCUGAACUCAGGAAAUCUUACUUAAGUCAGAAUACUUUAGGGCCUCAUUUCCACACAUGUUCCUGUCUCUCCCAUACCUCAUAAGGGGGGGGGAUUCUUCUGUCUGUGACAUUCUUCAAAAUCCUACAGCACCAUGUUCUGGACUCUUAGUUCAGAAUUUGUGAAAAUCUGAGCCAGGGAAAGAGAAGUUCCUGGCAUACACCAUCAAAACCAAACCAGGUCUUCUCUUGACAGAGGGAAGCAAAGGCUUGUAACAAUAUGGUGGCUUUGCCAUCUAGAGGAUGGAAGAGCUGGCAUCAGGACCUGGCAGCAGCCUCUCUGGGUUAGACCUUCCCUUUAUUCAUUCCUUCUUUAGCCAUGUUUGCUCAUUGCAUUCACACACAUCAUGAGCAGGUCAAGGUGAGGGUCUCCAGACAGCGACAUGAGUGAGCUCAGUGCUGAGAAGCUGGUCGGGCACAGGUUCUCUUGAUCUAUGCACAGUGCACAGGAGCAUAAGCAGGUGUGGUCACCUGUGCCAAGACUUGCUCUUGCAUUGAAGAUGCAGGCAUUAUUUGCAAGUAGCUGCAUUUCACUCUUACGACCAAACUGGUUGUCAGCAGAGGCAACCAAGGUGACUCAGUGACUCACUCAGGGCCUGAGAUGCGGUGGAGGCCCAGCCCUCAGCCUUCUCCUUUGGCACAGCAUUAACAUACCUUCCUACAUGCUUACUUCUCUCAGAAGCCUGGGGCUGGUGCUACCCAAGGAGUGUCCAGCAUCUCCCUUUGCCCGCACACUGCCACCUCUGUCCUGGGUGUUGGCUAGAGUGUGGCUUUACUUCUUCAUGGUUCUCUCUGACUCUCUGAUUCUGACUUGGCCCUGGGGCCCUCCAUGGAAUUCUCACAACCCUCCCAUUUAGACUAGCUUCAUCAUGAGGUCAUGUGCAUUUCACACAUGCACACACAGCAGAUACAGGGGUCUACAUGCAGGCAGCAGGUUAGUUUUAUUACUUGAAAUGUGGCAUAGCAAGUGCCUCCGAUCUUCUCUUUAGAGUGGGAGGUUGCCGUGAUCUCUCUCUUGCACAAUCAGCUGCAAGCUUGUCACAAGGUCAGGUGUGCUCUGGUGGGGACAUGAGCUGAAGGAGUGGCUCACAGUUGCAAACCCAGAGGGUUCUUGACCUCCAGCCUCCAGGCAGAAGUGAAACACACACACCACCCUUCUGAAGAAACAUAGCUUUUACCAUCAUAGCUGCACCAGUGUUUACAAUAGAGUGUCCAUCACUGGCCUCAGAAUGCUGUUUUGAAAGAACAAAGCCAGGCUUCAGACAUCGUCUGGUUUCCCCACUGAGUCUGCAGCCUCAUGGCAGACUGAAUAAUUCACAAGCUGAAUUUAAUAUGGUAGCUGCUGGACAUCACUUAAAAAAUAGAUGAGAUGUUGCUUAGAUCUUCUCCAUCCCUCCUUUUGGAAGCAUUUGCUUUCUCAUACCACAUUUUUAAAAUUGAGAACUAAUUUCCUGUAUUAAUCACAUUAGGACUGGCAUCUGAGCCUUCUCUAGGCUGGGACUCUCCUGGUAGACGGGAUGCUUACUCCUCUCUGGCUGGGACUUUGGCUUGGUAUAUACAGUGUGUGUGGGGGGAGAGUCUUGUAAUUAUCCACAGGUCCUGAGAGGACUUCCUAAAGGAGGUGUCUGAUGCCAGUCAAGCUGCUGCAUUCUGUGAGGGUGCUAGCCUGGGAGUCCCUUCUGGCCUGGGUAAGAUGGAUCGGUGGGUUAAGGUUUGCUGCCAAAUUACUCUAGCAAAUGCAAUUCAGUCCUUGAGACAAUUGAGUUUCACAAGCCCAUGGUGGGCCUGCACACAUGUGCAUGCACACACAUAAUAAAUGAAAUACAAACAAAAAUAAUCUUUGCAAAGGCUCCUGUAAACACUGACCUCCCAGGCUCUUUGCUUAUUUUUAUUUCUCUGUGGCUCUCCAGGAUGUAAACUGUGUGUACACUGGCACAGGUGAAUUAGAAGUAAACUCUCAUUCACACCUUGUGUUUUGUAUGGUGCUUUCAUUUGGCUGAGAAUUUGUUGGGAAAAUUCGUUGCCUCAGGUGUCUCCUGCCUUUUAGCCUAACUCUCAGGAAAAGACAGAUCCUCACAGAUGGCCUUAGAUUGUUCCUGGAGGUGAAGAUUGAAAGUGCCCCAGCAGCAUUCUCUAAUAACCAGGCAUAGUCAUUUUAAAUAUAAGCAGAAAUGUGGCCAAAUGUCUUUUUUUUUUUUUUGGUGCAUAUUAUUUUGGGGUUUUGGUGCUGGGGAUGGAGCCUGUGACUGCAUACAAGCUCUCCCCAGCCCCUGGUGAGUGUUUUGCAUCAUGCAUUCUACUACCUCCAUGCAGGGGUCAUGGGGAUCAGCUCCUGAUGCCUGCAGUUCAAAUGCUGUGUUGGGAGGUUAUGACUGUUAACUUGACACAACCUACAAUCACGCUACUAAGGGUUUUAAUUAGAAAUAUUUCUUUAGUAUCCAUUCAUGUAGGAAGACUCAGCCCACUGUGGGUGACACUGUUCCCUAGGCAUAGUGUCCUAAGCAGUACGAGAGGAGGAAGCCAGCGGAGGGCAAGCAAGGAUCCAUGUGUUUUCCUGUCUCUGUUGGAUGUGCCCCUCUGCUUUAAGUUGCUGCCUUGACUUCCCUGCUAUAACAGACCACACCUGGAGUUGUGAGCCAAUGAAACGCCUCUUCUCAGAGCUGCUUUUAGUCAGGGUGUGUAUCACAGUAACAGAAAUGAAGCUAAAACAGAUGCUCAGGGUGUUACCCACACGUGGCCGCAGACCCUACUCACCCUACCAUGCCCCUGGAUGUCAUCACCAGUGCUACCUCUCUGUCCCGAACAGAGGUGAGUCUAGAGAGGUGUGAAACCCUUCUUACAUUCUGCUUCAGGAAAUAUCACAGGUGGGGAGCGGACUCAUUUCACCUGGCCAUGUAAGACAAGAAAUACCCUCCAUGACUGGAAGCCACUCAUCUGAAACUGAGGAGAAAGAUUUGUGGUCAAAUCUGAUUUUCUAAAGGAUAAAAAAAUUAAAUGUUUGUGUCAUUGAAUACUGUUUGAAAUUGUCAUUUGCCUGUACAUUGAGGAGGUUCUACAGGCUGACACUAUGUGUUUGGGGGCAGAUGUAUUUAUUUAUGAUUUGUUAUAAUGAUAUUUAUCUUGAAUAAAAGUUAAAUUAUAAGCAACAUAAUGCAUGUGGGUGAUUCUACCUUACAGUUCCUCUGAAGUUAUCCAUAUCUGUAUGGUCUAAAUUUGACUAUCUUGUUUUUUCCAUUGAUGUUUGUGUCUGGAUAUUUUUUAAAAAAAUACGGCUUUAAUUUUGUAUGCUUAGAAAAGUAUUGCUGAAGAGUCUUGCUUAUGUUUGAAAUAUAAGAGGACUUCUUGUUUCACUCAUAUUUUGGAGCAAAGCCACAGAACUCUACAGUUUGGAAGGCUUUGAUGGGCAGUGAGCCUUGGGUGAGCAGUGUGGCGUUCUUGGUAACUAUUAAUCCAGACAGUAGGCAAUCAUUCUUUGGAAUUAUUUUCUCUCUGGAGUACUUUUCUUUUGUUUAAGCCUAAGGAAUUAACCUUAUGAGUGCACUGGCUGUGCCUUCAGCAUCUUUGAUCAUUAUUUGUUUUUAGGUGCAGCUGGGAUCCUUGAUCUCUCAUGUAUCAUUUAAAUGGAAAUAAAGUGG